UAGACUCUUUGUUUCCGUUUCCCGGGAGGAACAGCGAAAAAUGCAUACACCAGGAUCACGUAUACACCAGGACCCGCUUUCCUGUGCAAGUGUCAGUGCAGGGCCAGAAAAAAAGCGUCGGUCUAUAGAGUUCGUUUCCGUAUCAUCGUCGAUAUGGAUGUUGCUGAUGUAAAGAAAACAAUGGCAGCCCCGAGGUCAUGUUUGUCGAGCAUCGGCGACAAUCACAGCGCGCCGCCAGGUGCUUCGUGGCGGCGUCGUCUCGACGGCGGGAGUACGCCGUCUGGGCCGCCUUCCGCGGCUGGGCCUGCGUGGCACAGCAGUCGAGCUCGGAGGAGGACUGCGGGGAAAUGGGAGGACAAGGUCCAGAGCUCGAGGAGAGGACUGCUCUGGCAGGCGUACAGGCAGAUCCACCAGCUCACCGCGGGAGUGCGGCGCGAGGCCUACUGCACGGAAGGCGUCCCAGCAACGGCCUCGCGCCUGAACGCGUCGUACUGACCCUUCGCGGCUGCCCUCCCGCCCCGCUCUUCUCCCCUCCUGCUCCUCCCCCUCGUCCCUUUCCUUCCCGACGCUCCUCCCCC